UCCACUCACUCUCUCUCUCUCUCUCUCUCUCAAGAUCUUUCUCUCUCGCUCUCUCUGCGCGUCCGAAUUUGAACCAGAAUUAGAAUUCAGUGCUCCAACAGUCUCCGGUUGAAUUGAAUUACGAAUACUCGAAAUCGAUUCCUCUUCGGUUGCUCUUGUUUGGGGACGAAGACCGCGAUUGGGGAGACGUCGACGAGCUGCUCUCCUCGGCGAGCGAGCGAAAUCGGCUUCCAGGUUUCCCUUUUUCUGCUCUUUAAUUUCUCGCUUAUUUUCUCUUCUUUAUUUUGUGCCCAAGAAAAAAUUAGGGUUUUUGCUGCUGCAUUUGUUUUGUUUUGAAUUGCAUUCAAUUGAAAUCGCGUUUAGCAAUGGAGGUGGGUUAUUACGGUAUGCCAUUGGGUUUUCGGUUUCAUCCUACUGAUCAAGAAUUGGUCAGUUCCUAUCUUCGCGAUAGAGCCCUCUCCGGAAAGCCCUUGGGCAAGCCGUUUAUUCAAGAGUUCAAUCUCUUCGGACAAACACCACCGUGGGUGGUUUGGGAGCAGUUCGGCGGAAAUUCCCUACUCGAUCAGGAAUUGUUCUUCUUCUACGAGCUGCGUUCUAGAAGUGACAGCGAUAGCCGCAGCAAACGCCAGAUUGAAGCCGGAGGCACUUGGAGCGAAAUAUCCUCCGACAAAGUUUUAGGUUUGGACGGAAUUCCAAUCGGGGAUAAAGGGCAUUUCAGGUAUAACAACAAGGGUUCUAAUAACAAUGGCGGCUGGCUGUUAGAAGAGUACAGUCUUCUUCCUAAUGUAGUUGCUGGCCCAAAGGUCGUUCUUUCCCGACUUAAAAGGAAUCUGAGGUCUAGGUGUGGAAGCAAGAUGAAUUCCUCAAGUCCAACUCACGACUUCAAUGAGAAGCCACCGAUUAAGAGGGCAAGAAAAGAAGUAUCGAAUGAGAAGCCGCUGAUUAAGAGAAAGAGAGCAAGAAAAGAACCGGGUUCACAAAAACAUUCUAAUGUAAAUGUGAUCACCAAUGCCCCUGCUGUUGUGCCUUUUGUUGGAAUUGAAAGCAAUAUGAUUACUGACACUAGGUAUGAUGAUCAGGAGUGCAUAACCAACAUUAACGGCAAUAUGAAGCCGACUGAUUUCUCUGAUCCGGAUAGUGUGAUAUUGAUGAGUGAUGUUCCUUCUUAUCCCAUAUGCUUGGACAGCGACACUAGCAAUCACAACCAGGGGUGCAUAAGCUACAUUAAUGGAAAUGUGAUGCCCUUUCCCACUCAUAUUUCAGAUCAUGAAUAUGUGCCACUGAUGAGUGAUGUUCCUUCUUCUCUGAUAUUCUUGGGCGGCAGGGAAUAUCCUUUAGAUGGUGAAGCAGUGCGUGGAGACGUUAAAGAAUGGUUGACAACGCUUGAAGGUAAAUUGCCCCAGGAGUGGCCUCAAAUUGACGAAUUCAGCAAACUGUUAGAUGGGUUCAAUUACUGGACAGACUGUUUGUGGAUGAGCAAUUCUCUGAAUGAUCAAUAG